CAAAUGACCAGCCAGCCGCUCCAAUGAGAUGAGCGCAAAGUGAAAUCAUUCCGCCGGAGAGAAGCAACUUUGGUCACACACUCAUCAUGAAAUAGGAUGAAUAGGAUUUUUUAUUUAUAUUAUCUCUGAGCGUGGAUUAAGCUUUGAGAGAGACAGGAGAUGAAGAGAGAGUACCAGCUAAUUGGGAUGAGAGUUCAAGUCAAGUGAGCCGGCAGAUUGGACCUGUAAAGCCUCUUAAGGCAGGUGGUGGUGGGAGGAAUACAGCGCAAGGGGAGUGUGUUUAUGAGAAGUGUGCGAUUGUGUGCAUGUGUCAUUUCCAAAGGAAACCUACCUUGGUCAGAGCAGCAAGGGGAGACCAGGUGUGCGCGCGAGCGUGUGGGAGUGGAUUGAUUGGGGAGAGAGCCGAGCUGAGACAGAGUUAUGGUUUCUUCCUUCUGGACGCGAUGAAGUGGCUUUGCGGGAGUUUCAGGGUUUAAGACCGGAGAGGAGGAGAGCUGGGCGGACGGAGGACACUGGAAGGGAGGAGGAGGGUGGGCACCGCCGCCACCAAAGCGCAUAGCACGGUCCCCAGUCCCUUGAUGCAGGGAUGGAGAGCUCACGGGCGCACGGGGUAACUCGGAAGAAUCUGAGAAGCAAAGGUGAAAAGAUCAACAGGAAGCCAGACAUGAGGGCUGGGCGACACCAGGGACACUUCCACCUGCAGCGGACUCUGAUUUUUCUCGUCGCGCUCACGGUACAACCGCAGGGUGUGUGCGCAGUUGGGAUGUUUGAGCUUCAGAUCCGCCACUUUCAGAACCCACACGGACACCUGCAAACAGAAGAAUGCUGCGAUGUCCAGGCAAGCGGAGGACAGCGCUGCUCUCCCACAGACCAAUGUGACACUUUCUUCCAGGCUUGCCUCAAGGAGUAUCAGGUCCGGGUUGCUCCAACUGGAGCCUGCACCUUUGGUACAGGCAGCACAGGGAUCCUGGGUGGAAACUCCCAGACGCUUCGCCACAGAGGACAUGAGAGGGGAGGAGGUGAGGAUGGGAGCAACGGACACAUUGUCAUUCCCUUCCUGUACGCCUGGCCGAAGUCCUUCUCACUGGUGUUGGAGGCUCUGGAUUACGACAAUGACACAUCAGGAUCAGGUGAAGGUCAGUUGAUUGAGCAAAUCCUCCUCUCUUCCAUGCUGAACCCUGGAGAACAGUGGCAAACACAUCGUCACCACGGACGCACCUUCAGCCUGGAGUACCAACUCCGUUUCCGCUGUGACUCCAACUACUAUGGACCCUUUUGCAACAAGUUCUGCCGUCGCGAUGACUUCUUCGGUCACUUUAACUGCGACCAAAGUGGCUCCAAGGUCUGCAUCGAUGGCUGGACGGGGCCAGAGUGUAAAGAACCGGUGGUGCAGGCAGGGUGUCAUCAGGGCCGUUUCUGUACUGUACCUGGAGAAUGCAAGUGUCAUUAUGGCUGGAUGGGUCCGCUAUGCGACCAGUGGGUGACGUUCCCAGGCUGUGUGUAUGGGAGCUGCACUGAGCCUUGGCAGUGUGUGUGCGGUCACUGGGGAGGACUGCUGUGUGACAAAGAUCUGAACUACUGUGGCACCCAUCAGCCCUGUAAGAACAGCGGGACCUGCACCAACACAGAGCCGAACGAGUAUCAGUGUGAGUGCCAGGAAGGCUUCAGAGGACGCAACUGUGACAUCGUGGAACAUGCGUGCUUGUCGUCCCCGUGUAUGAGAAGCGACUGCGUGGAAGACCAAACAGGAUUCAGCUGCAUCUGUAGCGAAGGCUGGACUGGACACACCUGCACAGAUGCAGUGAAGCAUUGUGAUCGCAGCCCCUGUGGCCACGGAGCAACAUGUGAGGAAGCUCCUGGAAGUUAUCGGUGCCUCUGUCCGCCUGGAUGGACCGGCAGGACAUGCCAGUUAGGGAAACAGCAGCUGUCAGGGUUUGUGUUUGAAUGGUGGACGUUGUGA